GGCGCGGCGCCGCUGCGUCACGGUGACGUCGCGGCGUCGCUGAGAUGACGCUGUCAGUGGUAGUGGUAGUAAUGUGCGGGCUCGUGCUGCCGUUUCACAUCUCCGCGCAUCACCCGUGCGUUUAAACCUUCCCAGCGCCGCCCUUCACGCAUGGAGUUGCGCACCGAGACGGUCCUGGCGAGUCUGGAGAUGUCGGAGGUGGAAAGCGACGGCGGAUCGUCGGAGGGCGACGAGGAUUACGAGAGUUUGCCCGCUCACGCGUCCCUAGGCACGCACAUGACAGCGGGCGCCGUAGCCGGAGUGCUGGAGCACACAGUCAUGUACCCCGUGGACUCGGUCAAGACACGUAUGCAGAGUUUACAGCCGGACCCAAUGGCUCAGUACCGCAGUGUGUACGGUGCACUGAAGAGGAUUGUGCGGACAGAGGGCCUCCUUCGGCCCUUGAGGGGCCUCAAUAUCACUGUGCUGGGGGCCGGUCCCGCACACGCACUCUAUUUCGCCUGCUAUGAGCGGAUCAAGCGCAGCCUUAGUGACGUCAUACAGCACGGAGGCAACAGUCACAUUGCUAACGGUGUGGCGGGAAGUGUUGCCACUGUCCUCCACGAUGCUAUCAUGAACCCAGCAGAAGUGGUGAAGCAGAGGAUGCAGAUGUAUAACUCCCCAUACCGCAGCCUAUAUGACUGCGUCCUGACGGUCAGUCGCAAGGAAGGCCUGGGCGCCUUCUACCGCAGCUACAGCACUCAGCUGACCAUGAACAUCCCCUUUCAGGCCGUCCACUUCAUCACUUACGAAUUCAUGCAGGAACAUUUUAACCCCCAGCGCCAGUACCGGCCCGAGACGCACAUCCUGUCCGGAGCGGCGGCCGGAGCCGUGUCCGCUGCCAUAACCACUCCAUUAGACGUGUGCAAGACGCUGCUAAACACGCAGGAAAACGUGGUGCUCAGCUCCGCGCACGUUAGCGGACAUCUCUCCGGCAUGGUGAACGCGCUCAGGACAGUGUACCGAUUGGGCGGCGUGCCGGCCUUCUUUAAAGGCAUCAGAGCGCGGGUGAUUUAUCAGAUGCCAUCUACGGCCAUCGCCUGGUCCGUGUAUGAGUUCUUCAAAUACUUUCUGACCCAACAGGAACCACACAUCCAGGAGCUGAGGAGAGACGCUCACAAGGCCAGCCCUACAUGAGGCCCGCCAGCACUGAAUCCUUUCAGCCCAUCCAAAGAGUGAGCGAGAGGAUCAGCGGACAACGGAAGACGCCUUCGGCUCGAAGGGGAAUGUAGAUGCUCAUUUCUUAUGCAGUAGACACUCCAGCAGCUUCUGUGCUUGUUGCUAACGUAUUAAUUUAUUGGAAGAGUUUAAUGUUGUUACAAGAAUGUAUGGAUGCUGCACACUACAGAACGUUUCUUGUAAACAUGACGGAAACAGGAAGGUAAAGCUGUGUCGAUGUUUUGUUUGUAUUCUCACUUGCAUAUUUAUGAUUGAGCGUGAUGGUGUGCGUCUGUAUUUAUAUAUGCACACACACACCGUCUGCUCAAUGACACAACAAACCCGUGCGGUAGAACAUGUUUUAUUUUAUUUUAUUGGCUUUUCUGGACUUUUUAAUAUUUUAG